GCAUAACAGGUCGAGAUGCGGCGAGGAUCUGAAAUUCUCUCCUCUCGCUGAGAGAACGGAGCACAAAGGGAUGAGCGAAGAGAGCUGAAAUGUGCUCCUCGGCUCUGCGGCAGAACGGUUGCGUCUUCAUGAGUGACCCGUGAGCAGAGCAGUGUCGCAGCGAGAGUGGCCAUGCAUCCCUUCGGCUGUGAAGCUGAGACCUCGCUUGAGGAGCUGUUCAAGUACUUCAAGAGGUGCCUGCAGCAUGGAGAGUGGCAGCUGGCCAGUGCCUGCGUGCCGCAGCUGGUUAACUCUGCAGGAGCGCUUUCAGAAGAGCUGCGAGACAUCAUCAAAGCUAUCGUCUGCCAUCCUUACGAUUUAAAAUGGGAAUCUGUUGGAAGUCCACACAAACUGGCUUGGUUCUGGCUGCAGGUUUUGGAGAAAUGUACAGAAGAGCAGAUUCCCCCCAACGUCAGAAAAGAGCUGGAGUUCCUGUUACUACUGGAGGAACUGAGUUCAGAGGGCAUACCAGAGAGUGCACUCGAGGAUCUGCAGCAGACGUUCUUGGACUCGCAGGCAGAGCAAAAAGUCUCCGAAGUUUCAAGAAAACCAGCUCCUGCCGUGGAGUCCUGUCUGCAGACGCUGCUGGAGAACAACAAGCCCAGACUUGCACAAACUUUAGCACAUUUCUUGCAGGACUGUUCCUUCCCGGAGGACAACACUCUGCAGCACACGUUCAUCCAGCAGCUGCUGCGGAGGCUGGGCACGCCCGAGAGGAGUCCGGAGAAGGUGGAGGAGUGGGCGGAGGAGAUCUACGCCGUGCUGGCCGUCAUGCCGCAGGGCUCCCGGCGCGGCGGCGGGCAGCUGGAGGCGCUGUGCGAGGCGCUGUGGGCGGCCAGAGACGGACCCCUGAAGGAGGAGAGGAUCCUGGGCUGCCUGCUCCGGCCGCGGUGCGACGCCCUCGUCUCGGCGUACUGCUCCACGGCGCUCAGGCUGCAGAGGGAUCGCCUCCUGAGGAGCUCGCCUCACACGCAAGUGGAGCUUCCCGAAGCAGAGAAACUCGCCCUGAGUUUAUGUUGCCACAAGGACCGUCCGUCCAUCUGGAAAACCAUCUACUUCGAGUGCCUUAGCAGUGGAAAGCACUUCCUGGAGCAGGUCCUGGUGACCGCUCUGGACCUGAUUAAACACGAGGAGUUCGGUCUGCUGAAGGAUUUGCUGCAGUUGGAGUUUCAGCCUCUCUCUCGUCUGCUGCUGCUGCUCGGAUGGACUCAGUGUCGCAGCCUCAGCUCGGCUCAAACGCUGCUCACCGUCCUUCACAAAGAGCAGGCAGCAGCCAGUGACUCUGUUCUGCAGGAGUUUGCGAACCUCUUGUCGUCUCAGCUUGAAGUGCUUGAAUGGUGUAAAAUCAACAAUCCAGGGAUUUCUACAGACGCUCUGCUGGCUCAGCUCCACGGUCUGGACAAUCACUCGGCGCUCUACAUUCUGCACUCUCUGACUCCGUUAGCUCAGUUUGAGGAGCGCAGAAUAUGCGAUCUGCUGCAGCUGCUGCCUAAUCGGCCAGAAACAGACGAUGCUGAGGCCGUCGGGAUGCUCAGCUCCGGUGCGCAGAGGAACACAGUUCUGUUUCAGGGUUUCUGUGCCAUGAAGUACGCCAUCUACGCUCUCUGCGUCAACGCACACAAAUACUCCAACUGCACGGAGUGCGACUUCAUGCAGCAGCAGCCUGCAGAAGCAGAGAUGGACCAAAACAAAACCUCAGUUGCCUCAGAAGGUUGCCUUCUGGUGUUCCAGCACUACCUGUCGGAGUGUCAGCUCUACCUGGAGGCCGUACCGGCCAUGUUCCGCCUGGAGCUCCUGGAAAACAUCUUCUCUCUUCUUUUUCUGUCCACCUCUGACUUUACCACGCAAAUCCAAAAAGACACAACCGUUAACACAGGGAGCGGCGCUCAUUCGUCAAAGAAAGUGAACGAGUUUCCGGAGAAGCAGAGGCCGCGCUCGCCUUCAGCCGCGGCCCACCCGAGCUACCUGGAUUUGGGACACUUCGUUCAAGGCUGCAGGGGCUUCCUGGUGGACGUGACCGCCAUGAAGGGCUUCCUGAAGCUGCUGAAGGAAGGCCUGGAGGGCAUGUGUGUGGUGGGCCAGCAGGAGGGGCAGGAGGCGGGGAGGGCUCUGCCCCGGGAGGCCCAGGUGGCCGCAGACCUCGGCUGCUCCGUGACCGACGAGACGUUCGGCUGGCGUCUGCAGAGGCUCUCCAAACGCACCUCGGAGACUCAGUGGAGGCUGCAGAUUAUCACCAGCAACCAGGACCGUGCAGAUUCAGAAAAUCCCCUCCUGGCGUCGGCCGUCGGCUGUACUGUCGCUUCGUUGGAGCACAGCAGCAACUCCAGUUUGAAGAGGAGGCGGAAACCAAGUAGAAAAGCCACCGAGAGACAAAACUCCACAGAGAACCAUAACAGAGAGGCCAGCAUGAAUGCAUCAGACGGUGUCGGAGGCUCUGCAGCAGCUGCUGUCGAGCUGCAGUUUUGUCCAUGCGGAGGUCCUCACAGCUGGCUGGUCCCCGCCAUGUUGUCCCCUCCAGAGUCUCUCCUGAUGUCCUGCAUCCGCAGAGGAAACUUCAUGGAGGCGCACCAGGUGACGACGGUGUUCGACCUGGAGGCGUCUGCAUGCUGCGGCGAGCUGGUGUUCAUGAAGCGCUACAAAGACGUCCUGCAGGAGCUGUCCCGGGUGGAGCAGAAGAUGGAGAGUCAGUCCAUGUCUUCGUCCUCCUCCUCCUCGGAGGGGCUGGGCUCGGCGGCUGCGUCGGGAACGGGGAGGAGUCGGCUGGGCAGCAGCGGUCGAUCCACGCUCCAGGCCAUAGGAAGCGCCGCAGCAGCAGGAGUGGCUUUCUACUCCAUCUCGGACAUCGCGGACCGCCUCCUGAGCACCCCCGCUCACCCGAUGCCCUCGCUGGAGGACGGCUACUGGCUGAGCUUCUGCGCCUCGGACACGUCGGGCCUCCUUCAGCCUCUGCUGCAGGAGCUCAGCCCAGCAGCCAUGGCCGCCUUCGACCUGGCGUGCUGCCACUGUCAGCUGUGGAAAACGUCCCGGCAGCUGCUGGACACUGCAGAGCGCCGGCUCAACGCCAGCUUGGAGGCUCGAGGCGUAAAGGUUGACCCUAAAGUGCCUCAUACUGAAGGAAUUUGUGGAUUUCCGAUGGUACUGCAGCAGAUCAUCAAGAUCCUGAACCACUCAAGCACUCACAAGGGCCCCGUCAAAACAGAAUCUGCUGGAGAGGACCCGGUGUUUGCCAGCCCGUUCGGUUGCUGCGUCCAGGAAGUGCUGCACUGCUGCCACCCGACGCUGAGUGAGGAGGGCAUCGCCGCUCGCCUCAGUCUGGCUCAGCGGCUGGACGCCACCCUCCGCAACUUGAGCACCGCUACAGACGGCGCAGCGGGCAGUGCGGGCAGCGCUCUUCUGGCUCUGCUGAUCGAACAGGCCAACCUGAAGCAGUCGGAGCUGGACGCUCACCCCGUGCGCUCCAGCAUGAAACAGCUGCUCCGCUCUCUGGAUCAUCUCUGCCCCUUCGAGCCCGACGGAGACCUCGCCAGACCAGAUUACGUGCGCAGUUUCUUCGAUUACAUCAACACCCUAGCGUCGGUCUUAGUGCGCAGCCUUAGUUCAGAAGAUCAGAGCAGUGAAGUGAAACUUGGAAAUCCUCUGCUGGUGUUGCUUCAAGCUCCAUUCCAGCUUCUCUCUCAUCUGCUGUUUGACCGACAGGUUUCACCUGACAGAGUGCUGUCCUUGCUGCAGCAGGAAGGACUCCGACUCAGCGUCCAGCAGGUGAUCGUCCAGCGGUGCUGUGAGUCUCUGCCCUUGUGGAUCUCCUGUCCGGAUGGUGAAAGAGACUCCGAUGCGGCCAAGAAGGACGAGGGAGCGUUCAGCGUUGCCAAUUUGUCAGUUCUAUUCCAAAAACACGCUCAGGAUCACAUGACCUCCCUGGGAAUCGCCGAGCCUCCGUCCGAGGUGAACUCGGAGUCUGAAGCUUCUGGAGAAGACCGCUCUGCCACGCCGACGAGCCUCUCCUCAUCCUCUCCGAGUUCGCCCUCCUCUGCGAACUCGUUCCUCCUCACGCCCUCGGCCUUAUCGUUCCUGAAGUCCCGCUCUCCCCUGCUGGCCACCUUGGCCUGUCUGAGUGCCUGUAAAGGGGAAGCCGCUCGCUCGCAGCCCUCCGGCUGGUCCGGAUAUUUCCGCAGCGGCCGUAAAGAGGCCGUCCUCGACGGGGAGCAGAUAUCCCGAGAAGCUGACAGCCUCCUGAAGGAGUUCCCUAUUCUUCGGACGUACCUUCACACCAUGGCUGAGCCUGUGCUGGGGAGCCCGCUCAGAGACGGCGAGGAGGGCUCGGCCGGACUCGGGGCCGCCGUGUGUGGGAAGCCCCUCGUCAGCCUCCUGCUGUCUGGACCUCAGGAGGAGGCGGCUCAAACCGUGGCUGCCGAGGCUUUCCAGAAAGCUCUGGACUCAAAAGACCUGAACAGAGCUCUCACUUUGCUCGAGCUGUAUGGACAAGGCUGCAGCCAGGAGGGGGCGCUGAGAGACCGCUUACUGGCCUGUGCAGCUCUGGAAGACAGAGAUGGCGGAAUCGAUCACCUGUUCAGAGUCCAGGAUCCAAACCUGCGGGCCCACGUUGCCCUCCAGGCUCUGGAGCGCUGGCCUCUGUCGGCCUGUCUGGAGCUGCUGGAGUUCUGCCUCAAUGACCCCGACACAGAAAGCUCCCUGAAAGCAGCUCUCCAGCUCAAGAAGAAGGAAUUAGACAUCUACUGUUGGAUGUUGAAAUUGCAGCCUCCCUUACCUUGGGCGACGUGGCAGGAGUUGAGGAGUGAAUCUCAGACGAACCCUGAGUCCAUUUUAUCUCUUAUACUUGAUGCAAAAGAGUUUGCGCUGAGUGCUCAGUGGGCAGAGCUGUAUCCGGUGUCGGACCAGCUGAGUCUGAAGCUGCAGGCUGAACAUUUGCUGUAUCUGCUGGAGAAGGGACAGACGGAUGAAGCUUUCCAGUUACUGGAGGGAAUGUCAGACGCUGCCGGUCUGGGUGUUUGUGAGAGCGCCCUGGAUCAGCGCCCAGGUCUGGCUGCGUGCCACUUUCUGGCCGACUACUUCACCCUGCAUUUCCAGAGACAGGUUUCUCCGUUGCGCCGACAACACAUCCACGCUCUCCAUCUGGGCUCGAAGGUGCUGCUGACGCUGCCUCCAGCUGCCCGGCAGCAGUACUUCUCCCUGCUGUCCGACCCUCUGCUGAUGCUGGAGCAGCUGCUGAUGAACCUGAAGGUGGACUGGGCGGACGUCGCGGUGCGAACUCUGCGGAGCCAGCUGGUCGGCCAGGACGCCGGCUUCAGCGCCGAGGACAUCGACAAGCUCCUGGCAGAAUACGCAUCCAAGGCCCUCGACUUCUCCUGCGCGCCCAGAGAGAAGUCUCGAUCUGACUCUGUGAUCAGCCUUCAGGAUGCACUGAUGCAGUGUCCAGCUCAGGACACCCCCUCGGUUUCCUUCAGCCGUGUCGACUCUCCGGCAGCUUCCACAAGCAGCACCCCGACACGCACUCCCUCGGUUCACAGCUCCGACAGGGAGAAAGACCGAAGCUCCUCCGAGAAAACCCGACGGUCGCCUGCCAAGUUCCAGCCCCCGGACCAGCCCCCGGCCCGCAAAGACUGGGUCCCCGACGCCCAGCAGCUGCUGUGCAUGGUCUGCCAGCGGGAGAGGUUCACCAUGUUCAACAGGCGGCAUCACUGUCGACGAUGCGGCCGCCUGGUCUGUCAGGCCUGCUCUGAGCGGAAGAUGCCCGUCGACGGGUGUCCGGGAGAGGAAGUCCGAGUCUGUGACCAGUGUUACGACUACUUUCACCCAGAUUCUGAUGACGAGUUGGAGCCUGAAGAAGUGGCUGGUGGUCCUGCGGCCACAGAGCACGCUCUGGAUGGGAUCCUCCAUCUGCCUGAGGUGGUCCAUCAACAGGUCCAGCUCAGCUCCAACCUGGCGGAGAACCAGCUGCUGCGGAGCGAGUUCUAUUACGAACAGGCUCCCAGCGCGUACCUCUGCGUGGCCAUCUUGUCUCUGCACAGCGACCAGACUGCCUGCGGCCACCAGCUCAUCGGCCACUGCCGCUCGCUGUCCCGCAAGCUGACCAACCCCGAGGUGGACGCCUGCCUCCUCACAGACAUCAUGCGGCAGCUGCUCUUCAGCGCCAAACUCAUGUUCGUCAAAGUUGGCCGCAGUCAGGAUCUGGCGCUCUGUGACAGUUACAUCAGCAAAGUAGACGUGCUGAAGAUUCUGGUGACGGCCAACUACAAAUACAUUCCUUCUCUCGAUGAUAUUCUGGAGACUUCUGCUGUCGCGCGUCUCCGAAAUCAACUUCUGGAAGCCGAACACUACAAACUGGCAGUGGAGGUGUCCACGAAGAGCGGCCUGGAUCCCGGCGGUGUGUGGCAGGCGUGGGCCGUGUCCACCCUCAAGGCGGGAAACCUUUCCGGUGCGAGGGAGAAGUUCACCCGCUGCCUGAAGGCGCCGAUGGACCGAAACCAGCUCAACCGGGGGCCUUCGCUGCUGCAGGAGAUCGUGCAGCACCUGGAGACCACCGUGCAGCCCACCCUGUCUGCGUCUUUCGGCGAAGACAUCCUGUCGUCCCUGCGAGAGCUGGAGGACGCGCUGAGCGACGCGGCUCCAGCGGAGAAGCCAGAGGGACAAACGGCGAGCAGCAGCCUCCACCAGGAGUGUCUCUACUACCUGAACACAUACGGCACCCACCUGGCGCUGGUCAGCUUCUACAUGAGGCACGACUGCGUCACCGAGGCUCUGACCUACCUGCUCAAUAAGGACUGUCCGGACGAGGUGUUCCUGGAAGGCGUGCUGCAGCCCAGCCUGGAGCGCGGCCGCCUCGGCAUGCUGCAGGGCAUCCUGGAGAAGCUGGAUCCCAGUCUGGAGACGUGCAGCCGCUACCUGAUCGCUUCCUGCCAGUUCCUGCAGCGGCGGGGAUAUUUCCACUCUCUGUACCAGCUGCAGCAGUUCAUGACGGAUCAUGUCCGAGCAGCCAUGACCUGCAUCCGGUUCUUCACUCAUGGAGCCAGCUCGUACCUGCAGCUGGGAGAGCAGCAGCGUUGGCUGGUCCGAGCCAAAGAGCACCUGAGGACGUACCUGCAGGAGCAGCAGGGCCGGGGAGGCGGCAGGCGGAGGUCACAGGUCAACUCCUUCAGGAAGAUGAUGUCCUCUAACGACGUGUCCAGACACAUGAACACGAUCGAGCUGCAGCUGGAGGUGACUCGAUUCCUCCACCGCUGUGAGUCGUCCUCCAAAGCCCCGCAGACCGGCGCUCCGUCCACCAAGUCCUCCGCUCCCGCUGCACCGCCGACUCUGUUCGGAGGAAGCCAGAUGAAGGCGGAGGUCUCCUGCAGGGUGAUGCUUGGAGGGAAAAACAUAGAAGAAGGAUUUGGCAUUGCGUACAGAGUCAUACAGGACUUCCAGCUGCAGGCCCAGACCGUCUACGAGCGUGCCGGCCAGAGGCUGGUGCGGCAGCGGCAGUACGGCGCCGUGCGGCAGCUCCUCAAGUGUGUGGGCGAGUCGGGCACGGCCACCAAGAACGACUGCGACGCUCUCAUCCUGAGCUGCGUCACCAUCGCGGAUAAAGGACCCGCGGACGCCAAGGAGCUGGAGAGUCUCAUUCUGGAGAUAAAGAGCACAGAAAGCAAGAUUCAAGCCUUCCUGGCGUGCAGCAAGCUGCGGCCGGCGUACCUGCUGGCGGUCAAACUGGAGGCGAGCCGGGCGUGUCCGCUGGUGCAGGACGUGCUGCAGGCGGCCGAGGCGGCGCAGGACCUGGUGAUGCAGAACAUCUGCCGCCAGUGGCUGUCCGAACACAGCAGCAAGGCCUCCCAGCAGCGGCCGGGCCGCACCGGCGCCAGGUGAAGGCAGGUAACGGCGCCUUCGGCGGCGCUGGGGAUCACACCCAGGGGUUCAGAUCGUUCUGGAUUGUUAAUGAAAAUUGGCACUAGAUGCUAGAUCCUCUGCUAACACAUCAGCACACAUUUAGGUUUUUCAUUUAAACCUGGCUUCACACGUACCUGCUUCCAGUCAUGGUCAGCUUAGAGUUUCUUUUUGAGUUACAGAAAUAAAUAUAGAGGAGUUUGCUGCUCGAGGUUCUCAUGAUUUACAGGAGCGUCUGAAUGCUUCUCCACAUCCAGGAAAACCAGGAACUGAAUAUUUGGAGGAAAUUAUCUCACUUAUUAUUUUAUAACUCCUAAAUCCAACUCAAAAUGUAGGGAUAAUAAUACUGUGAAACAAAGCAUGAGAAAAGUAAGAAAACAUCUCGUUUUAUUGUUCUUUACUUUGCGCUCCCACUCAGGUUGACAUCAGAGGCCAACAGAGAUGUUUUCUGUGUCUUCAUGCAUUAUUGAAGCUGUGUGGUUGUAAUUGUUUGUAAAAUGUAAAAACUGGUUAAGAGAACACACACCAACAGGUAUGCUGCAGGAAGACGAGCGUUUACGCGUCUUCAUCUGUGUCCAGUAAAACUUGGCUGCAGAAACAAGAUCAGCUCAAUUUCUCUGACUUACAGAAACGAAGGAAACAUCACGUGGUGUAAAUGCUCCGACUGACGAUAUUUAAAACACAUCAGUGUUCUGCAAGGCCAGGAUUAAGUAGCAAAAUCUGUUUCAAGUUACAUGAUGUGGAGGUGAAGACAUGAAGGAGUGUGAGUGAGUCUCGUUCCCCUCCCUCCAUCAAUCAGUGUGUGCUGGUGAGUUAGCACGGGAAGUCAGAAUCGCACACUUUGCUCCAAAGUGUCGCCAAACUGGGACGACUUGCCGCUGUCUGUCUUUCUUUUGUUUUCCUGAGCGGCUCUCCCGCCGCGCGGAAAACCUGCAAAUCACCGCUGUGCUUUACCUGAAGAGGGAACAAUGUUACGGCGCUGUGCAGACGGACGCCUUUACAUGAGCAGGACGAGUUCGGUCACGCGCGCAUAUAGUAUCCACAUACCUUUACUGCACCGCGUGACGACACGAUCUGCCUCCUACCUCAGCCUUGAAGGGAAAUAUCUUCACCUAAACUCUUCUCACGCAGGUAUUACUCGUCCUGUCUUUCUUCCACGUGUGUGUGUGUGUGUGUGUUUAUCUGUAACAGAUUGUCCUUCGCCAGUAAUGGUACAUGUUUUUGUAAUGAACCUGUUUGUUGUACAGAACAUUUCGUGAUCAGAGUUUAGUGUUGAUUGAAUAAUUUGAGGGCAUUGAAAAGUUCAGAUGCAGAAAGGGAAACGCUCAGAACUGUAACUGAUGAAGGUUAAUAAAACACAAUGAAAUUGAGAAGAUCGAUGGUCAAAUUUAGACUGUAAAAUCCAGCACUGGGUCUGGAGCUCUCCAGCGUUACAAAAAUUCCCCCAAAACAUAACAGUCACUUAAAUUCAACUUUCUGCACUCUUAAACAAUUUUUCAAGUAACUCAUCUCCAUAUUUCAUCAGUGUUUAAUCUUAGUUUAUUUUUUUUCUCGUCUCCAGCUGUGAAUGACUGACUCACACAUAUGAUUGAAGCUAAUUAUGUAUCAUAAAAGGGAUUUAAAUGUUGCCAUAUAUUCUGAUUAUGUUCAUUUUCUUUUUUUUAAAAGGAAAUCAUGAUUUGUGUAGGUCACUAGUCGUCCUGUGUGUCGUGUUGACCUGGUUUACAUGUCCAGAGUGUUCGAGUGGCUUCUUUCUGCUGCACUAGUUUGGAGGAUUGAGGCGUUAAAAAAAAAAAAUAAUAAUAAUACUGUGAUACUGUGUUUAUCAAAAGAAGCUGUUCAGGACUGGAGAUUUUCUCCAGUCCUCCUUCACUCUGACUGUUUCUGUGUCUCACCACUGCCGCACUUUAUACUCAACCAACUAAAACACCUUCUUUGGAGGAAAACGUGCUGCAGCCGUUGCUUUAUAAUGUAAAUGAUUUUGAACUGUAAGUUCAAUCACUUGUAUAAUAAAAAAAAUGAGAAGAAACAUCAAAUGUUGCCUGAUUAUUGUGUGAAAACC